UUAAAACAAUAGUAUGAUGGCUAAUUCGAAUAGCCCUGUUAAAUUUUUUUUUAAUGUGUAGAGUAAAAUAAUUAAGAAUAUAUAGCAACAGCAGUGACAUCUGGCAGUAAUUGCUUAAAUCGACUGCAACCUUAUUAUUUUAUUGCACCUUGAAGUCAUAACGCUUUGUUUUGCCGGUAAAAAUGGACGCAGCUGACAAAGCGACGAGCACUGAAACUGAGGCCAGCAUUGAUCUGCUGGUCGUGGUGUUGGACACAAAUCCAUCGCAACACGUUGUGCGCCAGAAUCCGCAAAAUCUCACCCAGAUUCUGGAGGCUGUCAUCGCCUUUGGCAAUGCGCAUCUCAUGCAAAAGGCUCAAAACAAAUUGGCGGUCUUAUCCUGCUCACAUCAUGCCACUGAUUUUCUCUAUCCAUUGCCCGGUCGCCAAGUAGAGCUGCGUCAGGUUGAUGGUCAGUACGAAGUAUUCAGUUUGGUAGAAAAGACCGUCAAGCAACAGUUGGGUAGCAUUCUUAUGAAUGCGCCACGCUUGAGUUCUCCCUGCGAGAGCUUGUUGGCGGGCAGCAUGUCCAUGGCCCUUUGCUACAUAUCCAGACUGCAACGCAAUAUUGGCGCUGGAGUCAAGAUGCACUCGCGCAUCUUGGUCAUAACAGGCAGCAAUGAAUGCGCCUCCCAAUACAUGACCUACAUGAAUGUCUUCUUCACCGCCCAAAAGCUCAACAUUGUCAUUGAUACUUGCGCCUUGGACAAGACGCUCAGUUUGUUGCAGCAGGGCUGCGAUAUUACCAAUGGACAGUUCCUAAAGGUGACACAGCUCGAUGGCUUGUUGCAGUAUCUGUUGUGGGUUUUCUUGCCCUCCCCGCAAAUGCGUCACAAAAUGGUUUUGCCACCGCCGCCAAAAGUCGAUUAUCGUGCCUCGUGUUUCUGCCAUCGCGAGCUCAUCGACAUCGGCUACGUGUGCUCCGUCUGCUUGAGUGUCUUCUGCAAGUAUAGUCCCAUCUGCACCACAUGCCACACCAUCUUUAAAAUGCCUGGGCCGUUGCCCAUUAGACCCAAAAAGAAAAAGAAGCCGGAGAAAAUGUGAAACAACAAAACUAUUGGAUAAACGAUGUUACGUUACAUCCAAGUUUCUUAAAUUUAACACUAAGUUAGAGAGAGCUAAAAGGCACUGCUGAAGCCCAGCUCUCAUACAAUCGUAAAUAUAUAUCAUAUAUUAAAUUCAAGCUGAGACACAACGUGUUAGAGUUAAGGUUAAAUAGGAAAAGGGGUUUUUAUAGGUCCAUCCAUAAAUCGAUGUAGGUAUAUUCCUUCCAACAAAUCUUAUAAUACAUCUUAUUAAACCGGAGCAUUCAGGUUGCACUGAUUAUUUUCAUAACAGUUUAAAAGAAACAUAAAAAAACAUAACUUAUGUAUUCAUUGAAACUUGUACUUCAAAACAUUUAAUUCUAUAACGUAAUCUUUAAUUCAGAGAAGGCCUCUAGCAGUCGUUUAAACAGUUUUCGUUUCUUUAAGUAUUUCUCGUAAUUUUACUAAAGUACAUCGGGCCAAAAUUGGCUGGCAAAUAGGGAAUAACCAUUUGGCCAUACUUCAAACCCUUUGGCUGCUCAAAUUUAUAAAUAUCCCCUAAGAGCGCUGUCUGUUGACUAAGAUCCUUGAUGGUCGCUGUGAUGCCAUGCUCGGUAAAGACCUUUUGCAGUGCCAUGUGAACAACGCCAUCAUUUUGCACUGGCGACAGCGAGCAGGUGGAAUAGACUAGACUGCCGCCAGGUUUCAAGAGACGCAAGCAAUUAGCCAAGAUGCCCGCCUGGAGUUCGGGAAUGCGGAGACGCUCCUUGAUGCGCGUGGGCUUAAAGAUGUUGUUGUCCUGGUGCAUCAGCACAUGACGAUCUGUUGUGCAAGGCACAUCGACGAGUAUUUUAUCAUAGCUGUCGAACUCAUCCAAAUUGCGUGCAUCACUCUGGCUGAAGAUCAAACGCUGACCCGCCCAGCGU